AUGAGCACCGCCUUCGUUUGCCUGGUAGCAGCAGGUCUAUUGGUGACAUUUCUCAUCCUUACACACGAAGACAGCGUCCUUACUACCAACACCAAGAACUUAAGAGUGGUUUCAACACCAGUCCAUGACGACAAGGCAAACAUCAAGAUAUCUUUUGACAAGGGUUCGGGAAUGACGGAUAAAGACUUGCACAUGCUGGCUGUGUCACGGGACUGGCGGUACAACAAGACAGCAGCGGAGUUAGUGAGCAAGGCCUCCGCAAGUUUGGAGUUGAACAGUUUAUUCUGGUUGGCCGCGCUGGGAAAAAUGAAGAAAACUGUGAAGUGUCGAGUUUCGGAUGCAAAAAAGUCCUCCAAGCGCUCCUGUCUCCCCAGCACCAUCGUCGGUCACCAGAAGACGUGCUCUCUCGUGGGCAACAGUGGGAUCCUCCUGGGUAGCAACUGUGGUCGCGAAAUCGACUCCAGAGACUUCGUGAUACGAAUGAACUUACCUCUCGUCUCAGGAUUCGAAAAAGACGUUGGCACACGUACCGACAUGACGGUACUAAACUUAGAAACCGUGAGACGGUUGAAAUGGUCUGCACAUAUGAGGAAACGGAGUUUAGAUGCGUACGCGAGUCGCCUUCGUGCCAUCGAAGGUUCUGUUCUCGUGAUUAACAAGUUGUCCAUACACACACUCUUGUCAGGUCUCCGGCAGUACAGUUCCAGGGCGUUCGUGGUGUUGGCUUCGAAAACAACAAGUCUCGGACAUGGGAACGAGACAAGAGGAAUUAACAUGAUCGCCUCCAACAUAGCCGGGAUGCGGUUCGACAAACUGCCGACUCUCGGCCUCACCACGGUUCUCAUGGCCAACACGUUCUGUGACCGGCUGUACCUGUACGGCUUCUACCCGUUCCAGAGAGACCUGACCAACAGAACCGUGCCCUACCACUACUAUCCCGGAGACAGCCUGCGCCCGAUCAUACCCAACGUCAACGGGAACCAUAACAUGACUCGGGAGUACAACCUGCACAGAGAGCUGCACAGACAGGGGGUCUACAAGAUGCACCUCGGCACAUGCAGUGACGAUUGAUCAAAUGUUGUCACCUUUUAUAUCGCCAUUUGUUGACUUGAUCUAUUGAAAUUGUAAAAAUACAAUACACGUAGGGCACAGGCAGCUGUUG